CGAACCACGUUUCCAACCGGAACUUCACAGUGUGACAUCCUGCGGAAGUAAACAGCACUAACAGCGAUAGCUUUGUAGAUGAAUGGGGUUAGUUGAAGACGGUUGUCUUUUUUUUAUCGCAGAUGUAUAUUUAAUCUGUAACAAAUCAACUAUGUCUUCAGUUCAGCGUCUGAGAGAGUUCGUCACCGAGCGACUAACUGCUGCUGUUGAAGAAAUAUUCGGCGGCUUUGAAAAAAUUAUCGUCCAGUACGAGGAAGAGAUCGGUCGUCAGCGCAGACUGCUGGAUAUCGUUUGGAAACCAGAAGUAAAGCUACACAGAAUAGAGCUGCCACAGCAACAUGUCUGUAAGGAAGAGGAGGUUCUGGCUGACCAGCAGCUCUGGAACCAGGACAGGAACUCCAAUCUGGACCAAGAGGACCCAGAGCCUCCACAGAUUAAAGAGGAACAGGAGGAACUCUGCAGCAGUCAGGAGGGAGAGCAUCUUGGACUGAAGCAGGAGACCGAUCCCUUUAUGUUGACUCCUGCUUAUAAGGGAAGGGACCACAGUGAAGCAGAACCAACCAGUGACCAGCAGCUCCUCUCUCACAGCUUUGUUGUAGCUGUGAGCCAGGAUCAGGAAGGAAGCCAGCACGGAGACUCAGGAUCAGCUAGUAAUGCAGAGCCAAAGCCAAAGAGGAGACGUCACAAAGACACAAGUCACAGUAGCAAUGUAGACACCUCUCCCCUGUCAGAGACUCAGUGUGAUCCUUCCACAGAUAGAAAGUCCUUCAAAUGUGACACCUGUGGAAAAGCUUUUAAGACUAAGUUCUGUUUGAAUAGACAUCUGAGAGUCCACACAGGUGAGAGGCCAUAUGUUUGCAGCACCUGUUGGAAAGGAUUCAAGCAGUCAUCACAUUUGAAAUCUCAUUUAAGAUCCCAUACAGGUGAGAGGCUGUUUCUUGUAAAACAUGUUUGAACUGUUUCACACAAUGGAGGAGCUUGUUGACCUACAUUAUAACCCACACAAGGGAGAGGCCAUAUUUUUGUAAAACAUGUGGGAAAGGAUUCUAUAUGACGGCACACAUGAAAAGACACCUAAGAAUUCAAACAGGUUAAAAGCUGUAUGCCAGGCUUUUCCAUGUAUAGACUUUACUUGGGCAGGCCGCCCAGGUACGUUAAUGUCCACCCAAGUAAUUUUUGCCACCCAUUUUUUUUUUUUAAAUAAUUUCUUUUUUAUGUCAGUGAGAACUUUGCCAUCCACGGUCAAUUAACUACAGAAGUGGGCAGUACUUCUGACAUCCUUCAACACCUGAGACACAUUAGAUAAGAAACAACCACCACAACACAUGACAGGAUCAUAAUAGCGGGGGGGGUAGAUUGCGUAUAUUGUGUAUAUUGUAAAUAUAAUAAUAAAUGGGAAUUCACUGUGUACUUGUAUGCAACUUUAUUAGCAGCUUCCUCGUA